AUGGGCGCCUCCAAGAAGCACCGGGAGCGCGGCGGGGCCGAGGGGAGCGAGGAGGCCCCGGGAGCGACCGGGACAGGCAGCGGCGGCAACGCGGGGCGGACCCGCGAGCACCGCAAGCACCGGCACCGCGGCGGGGAACGGCGCGGGAAGCGCAGCCGCUCCCGGGGGGAGCGCGGGGGCUCCGGGGGAGGCUCCGGUUCCUCCCGGCGCGGAGGGGCCGAGGAGCCCGGGAGGAGCGGCCAUGGCCGGGGCGGCUCCGAGAACGAGCGGAGAGCCAAGAGGGAGAGGAAGGAGGAGCGGGAGGACCCCGCUCCUCCGAAAUCCGCAGCAGCCGAAUCCUCCCUGAGCGUGGAAGAAACCAAUAAACUCCGGGCCAAGCUGGGGCUGAAACCUCUGGAAACAACCACGGUCAAGAAAGAGGCUGGCACCAAGGAGGACCCGGUGGCCGCCGAGGUGAUCAAUCCCCUGGCGCUGCGGCAGCGAGAGGAAAUCCGCGAAAAACUGGCGGCAGCCAAAGAGAAACGGCUGCUGAACCAAAAACUGGGGAAAGUGAAGACGCUGGGGGAGGAGGAGCCGUGGUUGGACGACGCGGCCGCGUGGAUCGAGCGCAGCCGAGCCCUGCAGAGGGAGAAAGAACUGGCGGAAAAAAGGGCCAAGCUGCUGGAGGAGAUGGAUCAGGAGUUCGGGGUCAGCCCCUUGGUGGAGGAGGAGUUCGAGCGGCGCCGCAGGGAGCGUUACAGCGCCCGGGACCUGCAGGGGCUCACGGUGGAGCACGACCCGGCCUCGAUCCCCGAGGGACAAACGCUGGUGCUGACCCUCAAGGACAGGGGUGUGCUGGAGGCCGGCGAGGACGUUCUGGAGCAGGUGGCCCUGGCGGCCGUGGCCAAGGCCCGCGAGGAGCAGGAGCAGCGGCGGCGGCGCCCGAACUACGACCCCUACGGCGACAGCGAGCCCGGGGCGGCGGUACGGCCGCGAUAUAUCGCGAUAGAGCCCGGGAACAGCCCCGUGCACUGCCCUAUAUCGUCCCGGGGCCGAGGCCGGAGGGACCCCGAGGAUGAGGAGGGGGCCGGGGGGGACCCCGAGAACGGCCCCAAAUCCCCCGAGGGGACCCCCCAGGCCCCCCUGCCCUCGGAUGACACCAGGACAGAGAACAUGGAGAUCAGCAGCGACGACGAGGCUGCUCCCCCCGGGACGCCCCCGGCCCUGGAGGAGGACGAGGCUGAGCUGGAGCUGCAGCAGCAGCUGGAGCGGGGGCGGCGCCUGAGGCAGCUGAGGGAGCUGCGGGAGGGGGCGGGGGACAAGGUGCUGGAGCUGCUCCGGGGGGGCCCCGGGGGGGUCCCGGAGGCGCGGGGGGGCGGGGGGGGAGGGGCGGGGGGCAGCAUCGUCUUCAACGCCACCUCGGAAUUCUGCCGGACCCUGGGGGAGAUCCCCACGUACGGGCUGGCCGGGAACCGCGAGGAGCACGACGAGAUCAUGGCGUUCCGGCAGCUCUCCCAUCGUUUCCACGGGAAGGGCUCGGGGAAGAUGAAGACGGAGAGGAGGAUGAAGAAACUGGACGAGGAGGCGCUGCUGAAGAAGAUGAGCUCCAGUGACACCCCCCUGGGCACGGUGGCGCUGCUGCAGGAGAAGCAGCGGGCGCAGAAAACGCCCUACAUUGUCCUGAGCGGCUCCGGCAAGAGCAUGAACGCGAACACCAUCACCAAGUGAGGGACACCUUGGGGACAUCUGGGGCCACCCUGGGACACCUUUGGGAC